AUGUGUUACGUUUACAUAGUACGCAGAUAUAUCUGCAAUCACCAGGAGAUCUCUCCGGAAGCGCAGCAAAGCGGCUUUUGUCUACUCGACCCGGAAGUUUGCAAUUCAGCAGAGCUAGGGAGAUACCGUGUCUGCUAUGUCACACUAAACCAGUACUGCGGACGGUGCCAGGGUGUCGCUAGCAGCAUGGCUAAUCACGCAGGGCAAUGGAAACCCGGCACUCGGCGGCCCCAGGCCUCGAUGAAAGAGAGAACUAAGCAGAGUGGAUUAUUGAAAGGACUGAGGGAGAGCUCUAACACGCCGGUCCACUCACCCAGCCCCAGGCGCGUGAGCCAUCUCAACAAUAUGAUACAGCGGAACCUAAAGGCAGCGCUCCAGCGCAGAGAAAUCUACGUGCCUCAGACAUACGCUGAUAUCCUGAGGUACAUCGAGUCUCUUCCGCGGUGGCUCAACCGCAAAGGGCUGAUUGCCUUAAUGGAGCCCCGUUUCGCGCAGAUAUUUGACGAGGAGCUGCAGAAUAGCCUGCGUCCCACGCUCAAAGCCGUGAACUGCGAGGGUAUGCUUGAGAAUGUCAUGGUUUGGACACGGGGUUGA